AUGGCAUCACCAUCGACCAUCACCACCGGCAGUCGCGCAUCCGCCACUAGCAGUAGAUCGGUAUUCGCUGAGACGCGUCUAUCUGCCGUCACCAAAUCGACUGUCUCUUCUGCCCAGAUCUCUAGCACGCCUAUGAGAUCAUCGACUAGCGGGAUAACAACUACAAAACACACGCACAUGACAUUGGAUGGUGUCGUUCGCGACGAGUUAGGGCACGCGUUGUAUCACAACUGCUCCGUUGAAGACAUCCUGCAAUCCAUCUUUGACCUUGAUGAUGCGCAACUGCUAGAGCGCCAAGGGUUAGCACGGGAUCUCGCACAGACGUUCUCGGAGGAUGAAGAGCUUAAGCGCCUAGAGGAGAAUUAUCUCAGGCAAUCACUCGAGCCACAAGCCUACGUGCUGUUCUGCGAGCUGGUUAAUGCCAUUAUCGAUCGCCUGGGUAUCGAGGGCGAUAAUAAUCGAUUCUUGGCUAUUGGACAGAAGAAUACUCGCUCAUGGGAUGGGGGAUCGGAAGCCUGACGUUGUGUUUGUCACAAAGUCAGUGUACGAUGUUUUCAUGAAGAAACUGGUGCCUGUCACUUCCGGCAGCGUUGUCUCUUCGAGCGCCUCCCUUGAACACCAUGAUAAAUCGAGCAAUCAAGUAGAGACGAUUCUCGACGCUGCUCGCGCCCUGGGCUUCGUCGAAAUGAAUGGGAAGAACGGGAGGGCGGCCGUACCCUUGCAACCGCUUCUGAGCGCACCCCUCGCCCUACAGGUGCAUGCACUUUUCAGAGUGACUCCAGCCAAUCCAACCCUCCAAAAGCAGUCUCUCAGAUCGAUC